CUACUAUACAAUUAUUUAAGACCUAAACUUUGCCAUGGGAGACAAGCUUGAGGCCAUGGAUUUCAACGAAAAGUGGUACUCUGCCAGAGUGAUAGAAAUCGAUUGGUUUGAAAGGGAAGUGCUCAUUAACUUUGACAAGUGGAGCUCCAGAUUCAACGAGUGGAUACCCAUGGAUAGCUCCAGAUUGCAUGCCCUGCAAUCUUACAAGGAGCCCAAAUCCAAAGAAUUUGCUGUGGGCGAGAGAAUACUGGCAACCUGGGGAGACGGCAAGAAGUAUCCAGCUAAAGUCAACACUGCAUUGGACAACGACAAGUACAACGUGCUCUUCGAUGGCAGCUACUCCAAGAUAUUGAAGGCUUCCAAAAUAACCAAGCUCAUAGAUAUUUCAUCUGUCGGCAAGUUUUCAGAGGACAGCAACUACGUGGGUAGCAAGCAAGAGAGGAGGGAUAAGAAACGAAAGUACACUAUAACCGAACUCUUCCAUUACCAUUCUAAAAAGAAGGUGAAUAACGACCUUGACAAAGGAUACAAAAACAUGACUUGGCUGAUAUUCGUACCGUCAAAUUUUUUCUUCAAAGUGGAGCCUGCAACUGUCUUGAUAAAACCUGAAGCAUUAAGCAGGCUUGAUAUGCAAUCCAACGUCGAGUGCACAAGUGCCUUAGGAGAGGAUUACGCCACGUACAUAGGCAAUUUACGAGUAAAGAUCGAAGACAGUACAUACAAGUGCCCCAAAACUGGAUGCAAUAAAAAUUUUAGGAAAGAAAAUCUAUUACAGAUGCACAUAAAGCAUUACCAUCCCGAGUACUGCCAGUUUCAACUCCAAUUGUUGCUGAUUUAGCCUAUGCCAGGACAAUUGGUGAAUCAGUCU